AUGAGCGGGAAAGAAGAGGACACGGUUAUGCAUUCCGAUGAAGAGUUGGACUAUGAAGACGAGGACGUUAGUCUGCGUCGGAUGGCUGAAAGGUAUAGAAAGAUGUCUGAGAAUAAACGUUCACAGAGCGACUUUGGUGAUAAGGGCGACAGCGGAAUGCAAUCUAUUCACAGCGCCAUGUGGGAGGGCGAAGAUAGUAACGUGGACUCGGGAUUCUUAGAUGAGCGGGAAGCGGAUGAUAACGAGGACCAAGAUCAGGAUAUUUCUGCACACGAAGGACACAAUGAAGACGGGGAUGAAGACAACAAUGAUUAUGAUAAUGACAACGACAGUGAUGAUGACGAUAACGAUGACGAAGCGAAUAGCAGUUAUGAGGAUGAGAAUCCACUGCUGGAUGCCUUCCGUCAACUUGCCAAUGCUAGAAGAAAUGGAGCCACCGCAGAGUCUGUACUGGAGAACGUUAGCAGAAUGCUACCGGGUUCCCUGAUGUUUGGUGGACAGCGCCGUGAUUCUAGAUGGGAUUCUUAUAUAAAGGUCAUGAACGAAAGAGAGGAUCCAUAUUUCGUACAGGAAUCCAUCAACGAGCUGAGUGAACGGUUGUUAAUGAUGAACGGAUUCGAUGCAGAGCGUGGGUUACCGCAUUACCAGUUGUCAAAGGCGUUGGUUGGUGUCAUGAACGAACCUCGUUGGCAGGAACAUAUGGAGCUACAGCUUGUUGCAUGCCGUUGUCUCUAUAACUUGCUGGAGAUUGAACCGACAUAUUGUCGCGGUGCCAUCGACUGUGGUGUAAUUGGUACCUUGAAGGCCAAGUUGAUGGAGAUAAGCUCUAUUGAUUUAGCUGAACAGGCGUUGCAAACUUUGGAGUUCAUAUCAAGAUUUCACGGGUAUGCACUACUAUCAGCAGGUUGUCUUGGUGGAGUUUUGAUGUACUUGGAUUUCUUUACGAUUCAUGCACAAAGGAAAGCCACCCGUAUAGUUGCAAACUCUGUGAAAAACGUUUCACAGGCUCAUUUGUCAACAGUGGAGGAGAUAUUCCCAACAUUACAACGUAUUGUGAUUGAAUUCACUGAUCCACAGGAAUUGGAAAAUGCUUGGUCUGCCAUUUCCCUCAUCGUUAAGAACUUUCGCACAUCUCAAAGUUUAGAAAAGAUUGUAACUUCGGAACUCUUGAAUAAAAUCUUAAGGGUUGUUUCAAGCCCAGAUACUACGUUGUCAACGGUGUUGGGAUUGAUUAACACUCUGAGUACUUGUGCGCAGAACAAUAACUUGGCGGUGGAAAUUAUUAAGACUGAUAAAGUUGCCGAUGCAAUCGUUGCGAUCUUGACUAGGUUUCAAAAAGGUUCCAGAGUUGAAUCUGAAGGGGUUACAGUUGAAACUUUAAUGUCUAUACCGAAGGAUUUAUCGCUCUCGAUCUUAUAUCUCAUUGUUUAUCUCCUACCUUGUGACCCUAAACCUGCAUUGACCCCAAAUGAAAAACAUCCAAAGGAUUAUUCAUCAGCAAUGACCCAGUAUAAGAAGUUUGCAAAUCAAAUCUUUCCGUUAUUGGUGAAUAUAUAUUCUGCAACUGUGGUAUUCGAGAUUAGAUUAUAUGCUUUGGUAUGUCUCAUACGUAUUGUUGCUUCUUUUGAAGACUUGAAGGAUUUGAAAGACUCUUCACUUGUUAUCAAUUUGUUGGGUUCAAUUGUCAUCCAGAAUAAGAGCGCCAUACGGACAGAAAAGCUAAAUAUGAGUCCAUACCACAUCUUAUACGCUGCAUUAACUUUGGCGAAUGGUCUUAUGACUAAAGAUCCCGAUCAUUUCAUCACGGAGUUUGAGAGAGAAGGUCUCUUAGCUGACACUUCAAAUCUGUUGGAAAUUUUAAGAAGUGAAGAGAGGCAUCUUGUUGAUGUAAAAGCAGAAAUGGCACAAGAGGAUGAUGAAAGAUUCGAGUCUCAUGAUGACAGCGAUGAAGAUGGUAAUGAUAUUGAAGAACCACAUCAUGAAGAAGAUCAAUACGACUACGAACAAGAUGAAUUCAUGAGCGAUGAAGAUGAGCUCUCUGAUGUAUAUUCUCAAUUGAGGGACCCAAGAUCCCUUGAAGUACAGAGAAACGCGAAUGUUCCAACGAUAAGAGAGUUCAAUAUAUCAUCUUUAAUUCGUAUAUUAAGUAAGAGAGCUGCAGCCAUGGAACAAACAUACUUGAAGAGGAAAGUUUGUGGUGGUACGAAAUUGGAGCAUUUAAGACUAUUGGAUGAUAUAAAUGGCAAUUUGAACGACUUACGUGCUUGCAAUGAUUACACCAGGGAGGAGUGGAUAAACACGUGGACGAAUUUCAGGGAUGCCAUAAUGAAAGAUUCAUAUACCAUUUCCAGUUUUGAACUUAUAAGCUCUGGUAUCAUUGAAACUUUAUCCAUUUUGUUCAAUGAAUCGAGGUUUGGUGGACAGUAUUCCCUAUCAAGACAGACGUUCUUGGAGGUGUUUAAGGACGAAAUCUUCGAAACACUCAUGCACAAACUCCAAGAAUCUUUAACAAGAGCAGAAUCGUUUGGAAUUAUAGGAUGUGGCUUGAAAACUGGUGAAAAUAGAGCUGCAUCUUUAGGUAAACAGCUCAAACUCAAACUUUCUUAUGUCUCAGAUCCUGAUGAUGAUGAGCCGUUGUUUGAAGAAGGCAUGUCGAGCUUUGUCAUUUUGGUACACGCUAUUGCUUCAUUCAACAAUAUCAAUACAUUUUUGAAACGCAAGGUUACUAUGCCUCUUUUCUUUGGAUCGCCAGCAACUACAUCGAUCAAAGGUGAUUGGUAUUUGGAAUUUUCGAUUGAUGAUGAGGUGAUUCCAUUAGAGACAACGAUAUACGGGGCCCUCUAUAAGAGUUCUCUGGCCAAAAACUCAAAUUUUGAUACAACAAAAUUUUGGCAAGAGGUACACAAUGUGACAUUCCGCAAAGUGAAAGGUCCUGUUCCUUACUUGGAUCUCGACGAGAAGUACCCGACUACAAGUCAAGAAGAGUUGGAGCUCCUAAAUCAGCCUUCAACUAUCAGUAUCUUGAAUUUGCUUAAAGUCUUGUACAGGUUUCAUCCUAAUGGAGAUGAUUCGUUGUUUGUGAACUUCAAGCUAACCGCAAAAUUGAAAAGGCAGUUAGAAGAACCUUUAAUUGUUGCAUCUGGAAUAUUACCCGAUUGGUCUAUUCACAUCACUCGUGCCUUUCCCUUUUUGUUCCCGUUAGAGACAAGAAUUUUCUUCUUGCAGUCCACUUCCUUUGGCUAUUCCAGAUUGAUUCAGUUAUGGAGUAAUAAGGCUUCACAAGAUACCGAUGGUGACAAUCAAAACAAUAGCAGCUUAUCGUUGGGUCGUAUUACUAGACACAAGGUGCGUGUUUCUCGUAUGCAUCUGUUGAAGAGUGCUUUCAAAGUUUUAGACAAGCUUGCUUCCCAUCCAAGUAUUUUGGAAGUUGAGUUCAACGAUGAAGUUGGUACAGGAUUGGGUCCGACUCUGGAGUUCUAUUCUAACGUGUGUCAUUGCUUUGCAGAGAAGAGUUUAAAACUCUGGAGAGAUAAUGAAAGCAGCGAGGAUGGGUACGUUUACUCCCAACUGGGCCUAUUUCCAGCGCCAAUAUCCCCAAACGACCCAAAUUUUGAUGACCGUAUGAUGAAUUUCAAGUAUUUGGGAAUGUUCAUUGCACGUGCUCUUUUGGACGGCCGUAUCUUGGAUUUCUCGUUCAAUCCGGUCUUCUUCGAACUAUGCGCUUUGGAGAUUGAACAGAAGUAUGACGCCUUUCCGCUUGAAAAGUUGAAAGAUAUUGACCUACAGCUGUACAAGUCUUUGAAGUAUUUGAAAGAAAAGCAGGGUGACGAUGACUUUGUCGCAGAAUUAGGAAUAAAUUUCACAGUUCCUGGAUAUGACAUUGAACUUGUUGAAGGGGGAGCAGAAAGAAUAGUAAGUUCUGCUGGAGAUGUUCAGGAGUAUAUCGAACUCGUUAUUGAUUGGACUCUCAAUAAGGGUAUUCAAGACCAAUUGGAGAGCUUCAUCCUUGGAUUUUCUGAAGUUUUCCCUUAUUAUUCAAUGCUUGUAUUUUCACCACUUGAGAUCGUCAAGUUAACAGGUGAAAGCUCAGAGGAUUGGUCAUAUCAAACGUUGGCCUCAUGUAUUCAUGCAGAUCACGGCUAUAAUAUUGAUUCCAAGAGCGUCCAGAAUUUGAUCAAAUUGAUGACCAGUUUUACACACGAUGAACGUCGGUCUUUCCUAAAAUUCCUUACAGGAUCACCGCGUUUACCAAUUGGGGGAUUCAAAAACUUGAAACCAGUCUUCACUGUUGUUUUGAAAAGAGCCGAAGACGGGCUGAAACCAGAUGAUUAUUUACCAAGUGUCAUGACUUGUGCAAACUAUUUGAAGUUACCGGACUAUUCGUCUUUGGAUAUGUUAACUUCAAAGGUUAAAACUGCAAUUUAUGAAGGUGCAGAAGAUAACGAGAAAGUGAACUGGAUGAUGUUUAGAAGGCUCCCUACUGUUUUCACCCGUUUAAAUGGGCGCUUUUUAAGUACAGAGGCAUCUGUCGGAACAUCAACAAAGACGUCGUCGAGCGUAAAGCCAGAAGACGUUUCGAGUGCCCCACAGGGACAACUUAGUGAACUCACUUCAGAGGAGUUUUAUGAGGAGAUUCAUACGGAAGCACUGAAAUUGACUCCAUCACAAGAGCGUGACUUGGAUAAUAGCUUGAAACAAGCUAUGCUUAAGAACAAAGAGGUUGCCGAUUUCUUGAAAGAUUACACCGUCGACUUGCCAAACAAGAAGAUCAGGGAUACUACCGGUGCUAAGACGAUUGGUACAGAUACACAAUAUCCAAGAUUGGAGCGUAGUGAUAAACAUGAGCCAUACACAUCCCAGGAGUUGUACUUACGUCGUGAAUUCUUGGAGAAGAACGCUAGUAGACUCGGCUCACAAUUGAGAGACGUUUAUAUCCCACAUUUGGAGGUUUCACGCCCACAGGGAGUUGAAAAGAUGAGCAUUGCUAAGCUCCUAGCUGCUGGUGCACACUUGGGCCAUUCAAAGUCUCUUUACCGUUCAUCCAAUCAACAGUUCAUCUACGGUGAAUACAAGGGAAUUCACAUCAUCGAUUUGGAAAAGACCCUUGUAUAUUUGAAAAAGGCAUGUAGAGUUGUUGAAGAAGUUGCCUUGAAAGGUGGUGUUAUCUUAUUUGUUGGUUCUUCUCCAUAUGAACGUGUACUGGAGAAGAGUGCAUCUAGAUGUGGUGGUUACUACAUCUCUACCAAAUGGACCGCUGGAACGUUGACCAACGCGACUGAAAUUUCAUCCAAAUGGGCUCGCGUUGAAGUCGACAUGGGUGAUAGACCAACCGGAAGACAACUCACUGCUCAAGAACAACGUUCCAUUGUGAAACCAGACCUUAUCGUUGUGUUGAACCCAACUGAAAACAGAGUGUUACUUCACGAAGCUGCGCAGACAAGAGUUCCAACUGUUGGUAUCAUUGAUACGGAUUCAGAAUCUUCCCUUGUGACAUAUCCUAUCCCAGCAAAUGACAGUUCGCGUAGAUCUGUUACUCUUCUCUGCGGUGUUUUGAGCAAGAGCGGUGAAAAGGGUUACAAUACUAGAUUGACGCAGUUUGCCCAAUACAGAGCUGCGAAUGAAUCAAACGUUGAUUCUUCUUUGUAAAUAUCACAGUGACGCAUAUUUUGGUACAUAGUUAUAACAGAAACAGUAUUGCGC